AUGGAUCCAGACAAGGAUAUGUUUUUGAUUGUUCAUCCUAUCAUGUCCAGUAAUAGGAAUGUUGAUGAUGAAUGGGAAACGGAGCCAGAUUUUGUGAACGAUGUAACAGAAAAAGAACAAAGAUGGGGCUCCAAAACUGUUAUUGGUUCUGGCCAUCAAGCUUCCAUAGAUAUGAUGGCGUUAAAAGAAGAAGUGAAACAAGCAGAUCGUUUGGCAAAAUUAAAAAUUGCACCAAAACCAGCUUAUGGAUAUGGUGGCCAAUUCGGAAUUGAAAAAGAUCGAAUGGAUAAGUCAGCAGUAGAUUGGAAUCAUAUUGAAGUGACUGAAAAGCAUACAUCACAAAAAGAUUAUGCAAAGGGAUUUGGUGGUAAAUAUGGUGUUGAACGAGAUCGUCAAGAUAAAUCAUCUGUUGGUUGGGAUCAUAAAGAAGCCGUAGAAAAGCAUUCAUCACAAAAAGAUUAUUCAGUUGGAUUCGGCGGAAAAUUUGGUGUACAAACUGAUCGACAAGACAAGUCAGCCUUGGGUUGGGAUCAUCAUGAACAAUCCAGUCAUCAUCCAUCACAAGUGGACUAUUCCAAAGGAUUUGGUGGUAAAUUCGGUCUACAGACAGAUCGAGUUGAUUCAUCAUCAGUUGGUUGGAAUGAUGUUAAUCAAACAGAAUCGCAUCCAUCACAGAUGAAAGCGCCUAUUUUCAAACCAGACGGUAGUUUAAGUAAUAUACGUGCACGAUUUGAACAGGGAAUUAAUCCGAAUAAUGUAAAGGAUUCAUCUGGUUUAACUGUCGCUCAACAACGCGUUCUUGAAGAACAAACUCGAUGGAAUGCUGAACGUAAACAACAACAGCAACAACGCGAACAACAGGAAGAUGAAGAACAAUCCAGAGGAAAGUCAAGAUCAUCUGAUACAGUUAAAUCGGUAUCAAAGAAUUCUGUUUUUACUGAUAGUAUUAAACCAACUAACAAUAAUACCAUUCAUGAUCAUAAUUGGAAUAAACAAGUUGACUCUGAAAAUAACAUGAAAUCAUUACAUUCACAGGAAUUUACAACUUUUGUUGAAUCUAAUCAAUUUAAUAAUGAUAAAUAUAAUCAGUUAGAAGAUAAAAAUGAACCAAGAACUUCCGGUGAAAGUCAUGUACAUGAUAACCCUGUCGCCAGUGAUGAUCAAGUUCCUGAAAUGUUUACGGUAACCGCUAUGUAUGAUUAUGAAGCCGCUGAAAAUGAUGAAUUGACAUUUAAAGCUGGUGAAAUAAUUACAGAGGUUGAAAAAAUCGAUGCAGGCUGGUGGAAAGGUGUUUGUCGUAAUAAAGUUGGUCUAUUUCCUGCUAACUAUGUCAAAUUAGAAUGA